AUGGUGGUCCCUCCUCGAGAAGCCCAGAUUUCCGCUGCGGGUAAUGUAGGAAUGUACCCCUGGAGGGUACCGCCCGGACAGAGGGUCUGUCACGACGCCAUUGCAUCGGAAGGCACUGCUGGGCUGUUCUCGCCUUUCGAGGCUGAAGCUACACCGGUCCCUGUGACUCCUGAUUCUUCUCUGGACGAGCUUGCUAUCACCUUGACCAGUUGGGGGCCUGCCUGGCACUCCCAUAUCAUGCCUCUUUGGCCAGCCUUGUGGCACCCGCACCUGUGCUUUGUACCGGCGCCGGAUGACCCCAGGCUCGUUUGUGUUAUGGUCGUCUCAACGGAUUGGCAGCUACCUCUGCUUAUGCCGCGUAGAUCGGAUGCCAAUUGGCUGCUGGCCUUGCUUCAGCGGAUUGCCCCCGAUGCCGUUUCCACACUUCACCGGCCAGUGCAGGUUUCGCCGCCAGCUGCUGGUCAGAAUGAGGCGAUCGAUUGGAGGGACGGGGAUGUUAUUCUCGCCAUGGGGCCGCUGGGCAUGGACUUGCAUGAUCCGCCUUGCUUUGUUCAUGGGUUUUCUGUCCGAACUGCCGCGAUAUGGGCGGCAGACUUUCGUUGUGAGGGCCCAAUCACUGUAGUGCUGUGGACUCCGGGACACAGGCCAAUCCGCACUACCAUGCCACCGGGGAGCCAUUGGAGGGCCAACUGCCAUAGCUUCGACGGUGACUUUCAGCAGCGGUACCCAGGACGCUGGGGCCCAGUGCCGUGGGCCUACUCGCAUGAUGUACAUCUGUGCUUGCGUGCUGGUGACGACAUUAGCUGUAACAUCAUAGUGGAAGAGCUUACUGGAGAUAGGUUAAUGGGCGAGGCAGAUGCAUGGCCUCCGUUACGGGAUGGCGACAUUCUCCACUUCAAUCACGCCGACAGGGUCCUGAAGGGAUACUUUCCGAUGGCUCAACAGGUGACCUGCUUGAAAUCCGUGGCCCCGAUUGGAACCCCUCACUGGGAUGCCAGUUACCACAUGCCUUUGUUAGUCCUUCCGAAGCUGUGGCGAAGGGUCUUUGGAGCCGCGACCUGGUUUUCGAAGGAGAAGGAGAUGUGGUGUUGCAUCGAGGUGGUACUUUACUACCAAGUGUUGUGUGGAUAUCCCGACCCGCCGGAGCUUGAAGCGGCCACUCGCCGAGAUGGGGUCACUAGCUGGGGUCUUCUAUGGUUAGCGGUUUACCUUGCGGCUUAUGGGGCCCCACGGUGGACCUGUCAUGACCAGGGCGGAGUACCAGAUGAGCUUUUUCUAGCCACUGACGGGAGUGGUGUCGGGGAUGGCUCUUGGGCGUUUGCUGCAUGGGGAUUGUUCAAGGGCAUAAUUUGGCAUCGCCUGGAUUGGGCUGCCGACACCUUACCCAGGACAGCCUGGGCUGUAAGCGAUAGGGCAGCCACUGCUGGUGUCGACACUCGAUCUUAUCAAGGGGAGCUAGUCGCACUGCAAUCUGCUGCGAUGUGGAGUCUGGCUCAGCUUGAUCAGUGGAGUCUGCAUAUGGGCUCCAUGCCCGCGCUCGUCACCAUCGCGGUGGAUAACUCAUCUGCUAUGUUGGUUGCUGCUGGGCAUGCCUCGGCGGAAAUGACUUGUGCAGCGGCCGACUGGAUGCCGCCGCCUGCUGUUCAGGAAGUCCCUGCGGCGGAACAGACACCCAAGCCAGAGCCCGUUCCCCUUCGCGUGGCCACAGCUAAUGUCCAGAGGCGCGCAGCCGCGCUGGCCGCUGGGGGCGGUUGGCUUACUUGGCGUUCCGGUGCUGCCAAGGGACAGUAUGGAUGCGAAAUCUGGGUUGACCCGCAGGUUACCGCACCCCCUCUCCAGUUAGGGGACUGGCGCAUCAUACAUAGCUGCCCUCGAAUCCUCGCGGUCACCUGUGUUGCUGCCAGUCUUCCGGUUACCAUUGUCUCGGCGCAUGCCCCACAUGCUGUGCGGCCUGAUGAGGAGGCUAAGAGGUUCUGGGAUUGCCUCGCGUCUGUCCUACAGAACUCACCUCAAAACCGCGCACUGGUUGUUGGCAUAGAUGCGAAUGGUGACUUUUGCUCUGCGGAUGAUGAAGGCUGGCUGGUAGGCUCCUUGCUGUCCCCACAUGAGCCGGCUCGUAACGACGACUGCUUACUCGAGCUGUGCUUGAGAUUCAGCCUGCAGGUGCCCGCCACUUUCACUGACACCCAGGUAGGUGAGGGGUGGAGCUGGCAACAUACUAGUCAUAAGCGUAAGCGCCUCGACCACCUUCUUUUUCAGGCAGGUCCCUGGGAAGUCUCGCAGACGAGUCAGGCCCUAGCGUUCGACAUUGUCAAUGUCCAGCAGGAUCACGUUGCUGUAUGGGCACAAACGACCCUGCGCGCCCCAGCACCAGCUAGACGUCGUGAUGGCUCUCGUAGGUGCACGCCAAAUGAAGUUCAAGAGCAUGGCUCUGCUAUUUGGGCCAAGGUCGAUGCUGCUGGUACGGGGAGUUGUGGCGAACAAGUUCAGCAGCUAUUGGACCAGUAUGACUCCUGGCGUCGUGAUUUGCCGGCCAAAGCACCGCUCACUCCUAAGCAACCCUACAUUCAAGCUUUCCUGCAGAGGCUAAGCUUCCUUCGCGACUGGCGGGCCCAAGUUCGGCUUGUAAAGCGGGACGGAUGCCGGUUACUCCUGAGCUUAUGUGUCCAAGGUUGGCGUCCACGGCGGUUUGAUACUCGUGUUCCGCAUCUCCAAUGGCACCAACACCGGCUUUUGGAGGCGGCUAUGGUGUCGCAAGAAUAUCGUCUUGGCCGUCUGGCGCAUAACUCCGCUAAGCGAGAUAAGGUUGCGCACUUUCUGCAACUUACUACCUCAGCUGUAGAGCUAUGGCACCGUGAAGGGCGAGCCAUGGAAGCCAUCGCCAAGCUUUGCUGGGCGUCGCGGCGCGCGGCUGAGAGGCGCUCCGUUCACGCUGCAGGGGGCUACUGCAUAGAGGACGCGCUUGAAGAACAGUUCAGGGCACAAGAAGGUGGUCGAUUCGUUAGUCGCGACCAGAUCCGCAUAGCCCAGGCCUCAUGGGCUUCUUGCCCAGCACCAGCCUGUGAACGGGCAGUGCCUACUCUCCUACAAUUGGAAGCCGCGUGCAGGAGACAACAAGGGCUCAAGGCACCGGGGCCAGAUCUGGUGCUUAACGAGCUGUGGCGCCAUUUUCCGGCCCGGGCGGGCCAUUGGUUUUGGCACCUUUGCUCCAAAGCUGUUCUCACUGGGCAUGAGCCACCACAGUUCAAACUCGCUUUGAUCUGCGCGCUCUAUAAGAAAGGACCCGCGGCUCUGCCCGAAAAUUACCGCUCUAUUGCCUUGAUGAAUGGCAUGGCCAAGGUUUACCAUGGGUACCUUCGUCGAGGCAUUGGUCACUCCAUCCUCAGCCAAUACGAAGGGCUUCAGCUUGGUGGUAAGCCUGGUAUCCCAGUCAGUUUCGCGGUUGCUGCAUUCCGUAUACGUGCUUGGAGCUUGAGCGCCGCUGCCCAACGGAGCUGCGCGGCAUUGUUCAUAGAUAUCCGCGCCGCUUAUUAUGAAGCGAGCCGUGAUCUCAUUUUCGAUGGAGGGCAGUUAGCUUUGGCACCAAAUGAAAGCCGGCUCCGUCACUUGUGUGCGCUGACCGAUCAGUUAGCGAGAGCAGGCGCGCUCCAGCUCCUAGGCGUCCCCCCUGACGAGAUUGCACUACUCCGCGACUGUGUCGCGUGCGCACACUGGCAAUUGGUUGGCUCUAACCGGAUGGUCCUUGCCACAAAGGGGUCCCGGCCUGGGGACGGCCUUGCAGAUGUCCUCUUCGGAUCCUUGUUUGCGAUCGCCCUGCGGCACAUCCAGGAGACCUGUAAGCAGGAGGGUCUUGCUUGCCACGCAGUUAGCAUUGCUGCAGGUUCCGAGGAGGUGCCGCUGCAGAUCGGUUGGGCUGAUGACUUGGCAAUCCUCACCGAUUAUAGCAGCCCUCGAGAGUUGCAGGCAAGGUUUGCUCGCGUGGCUGAGAUUGCCAUUGACACUUUACAUGCCUUGCGUUUCUCUGUCAACCUUGGGGCGGGGAAGACCGAGGCACUCCUGGAAAUACGAGGGGCUGAAGCGAAGGCGGUCCGGGGCGAGCUCUUUGGACAUGCUGCGCCUCUCCAGCUUGCUAAUGGGGAGACCCUGCGUCUGACGCCGGAAUACAGGUACUUGGGGGUUAUUCAACAACCUAAGGAUUCCGGGCGUAGAGAUAAUGAGCUUAGCGCGCAACGCGGUCAUACUGCAUGGGCACACGCUCGAUCGCUGUUGACUAGCGAGGCUCUCCCGUGGGCACUCCGGCAAGCGUGGGUUGCGGGGCGCAUUCUGCCCGCGGCCUACGCUACCCUAGCCACGUCGUGCGCUUCGUCUGAUCGGGCAACUGCUCCACUUCAGGGUCUCUUUGAGCGAGUUGCUAGGGUUGUAUGUGGCUCUUGGAAACAUGGGCAUCUUCUCCACAGGACAGUAUUACUGUGUUUACUUGGGUUGGCCGCCCCCGAGCACGCUGUUGUGAUUGCUAGGGCCAGGCUGGUUACCCAACUUGUGGCGAAGGCUCCAUCAGCUGUAUGGGAUUUGUUUGAUGCGGCUUGGAACAGGGCUGUACCCUGGUGUGAGCUUCUUGCCGACGCUUGUCGUUUGGUUGCCCGGCAGGUCCCUCGUGGCGGCUCGCACUGUGUUCCAACCUCUCUCGCCUUCAUCCGCCAACACCAGCGGGAUCUGGCUAAGGCCUGUCGCUUCCUCAGCCGCUGGGGCACCAUCCAGUGGGCUUUUUCCGAUCUUUGGCAGGCCUUAACGGGCUCCAAGACUAAGCGUGUGCUAGGACAGGCCAGUCCCAGCCCUUGUCCGCUGUGUGGGGCUAUGCUUCCGAGUGCUCAUGCUCUAGCGGCUCAUGUACACCGCAAGCAUUCGGUAGUCAAUUGGCUUACUCGAUUCACGCAUGGUACGACGUGUCUUUGGUGUCAUCAGGAGAUGCACUCCUCUGACAGGCUCAAAUACCACCUUCGUACCUCUCCCGCUUGUGUGCACGGUUUGCGGGUCACGGUGGGGGAGGUGUAUCAGUACGGCACUGGUACUCGGAGGCGCGGCCCUGGUGGGCACCGAGGUGUCCCGGCCAUUCGUCUACCAGGCCCUCUCAAUGCUACGCCUGCUCAGCGUCACGCUGCGGAAGCAGGACGACCUUGCACUGAGGCUGAGCUUACACAUGAGCUCUUCACUGCUACAGGCGCGGCCCAUCCAUACGAAUGGCCUGAUCUUGCUGGUCCAGGCCUAUUGGGGCCCCCCCUGCGUGAUGAGCCCGUGGAGCCUAUUGUCAACGCUUUGCCUCCGGCCUUGCCCCAGUUUAUGGAGGCAGCGUCUGUCGAGCCAUCACAGAAUAUAUCUGGGAGUCCUGCACAUCCGGUGUCUCCCGGCGUUCACAAUCUGCCGGCCGAGGCCCCGCUUUCUGCGGAUUCCUGUGAAUGGAAAUGCAUUUUUGAGUGGGGUGAAGAUGCUGCUGCUUGGCACUUGCCGUCACCCCUCUGGGCGGUGCGGAGCAAAACGCAUACCGUUUGGCAGCUACCUAGGGCUUGGCAUCGUUUCUGGAAGUGUUGGAACGCGAUCGACCGUUUCCACCCAUGGGACUCAGAGGCUAGACCUGCCUAUCGUGUCCUUCGGUCGUCUGUGGCAUCAGUGUGUCCCUCCUCCCGGGAGGCCCCUGUCGCCCUCUACAACCUCUUGGCAGCCACUGUCACCAUCCGUCAAGUGUGCCUUCGGGUCUGCUCAGGAGGUGCCGUUUGGUGCUGGGGUGUACCUAGUCGGGACGGUGUCGCGGUUCUUCGCCGUCUUCUUCCUGAAGCCUUCUUCCGCACCGUCAACUUGCCGGGAGGUGCUGUCUUUGCGGCUCAUCACCCGUCCUGCCCGCCCUCGUGGUGGCCGGCGCUGCUCGCUCUGUGCUCCCCGGUCCCGCGAGGUCCCUCUCCCUGUGUCCGUCCUCUGCGAGCCACCUUCAUUUUUCGCACGGAGCCGCUGGGUCACGCCUAA